GAAAAGGGCAAAGAUGGCGAUAUUCAGUGUGUAUGUUGUAAAUAAGGCUGGGGGGUUAAUUUACCAGUAUGACAAUUAUGUACCGAGAGCAGAAGCAGAGAAAACAUUCAGCUAUCCUUUAGAUCUGGUGUUAAAGAUCCACGAUGAGAAAGUUGUUGUAUCAUUUGGUCAACGCGAUGGGAUCCGAGGUAGAUUGUCCGCAACUGUCAAGUGAUCACAUCAAGGCUAACAAAAUUGACAUAGUGAUAGCCGGUAGUUCAUGUCAUGGUUGGAACUCAAAUGUUGCAUUGUGCAUGCUUCUAUUUAUUGUUAACAUUGUGCACGCAUACUUCUAUUAAUCUAGUGGGCCAUGCUUUACUUUCCAUCAAUGGAGUGGACGUCAACGGCAAGUUCACAGCGGAUGGGAAGGAAAUCAUCGAAUACUUGAAAGACUCAACAAACUAUCCGGUGUCCAUACGGUUCGGAAGGGCUCGCUUGAGUUCCAAUGAAAAACUGAUGCUGGCUUCAAUGUUUCAUUCGUAAGUAGUUACACUUCUCAGGUGAUUACAGCUGUCAGCUCUAACAUUAAUAAAUCCUUUGUCUAUGGUGACAAUUGCUUUUCCAUGAUCUUGCUGCAUGUUGUAUUGUACUUUUUCCUAGGUUGUUUGCUAUUGGUUCACAGCUUUCCCCUGAAGUUGGCAGUUCAGGAAUUGAGAUGCUGGAAACAGAUAUGUUCAAACUGCACUGUUUUCAGACACUCACUGGUAAAGCCAUGUAUUCAAACACUGCUAUCAGUCUCUGUGUGCGAUGCCUACAUGCAAUGCUCUUGGUUUGAAAAACGAAUUCCGCGUCAACUUUUUUUUCAGGUAUAAAGUUCAUUGUGCUGGCAGACGCCCGGCAGUCUGGCAUUGAUGCACUCCUGAGGAAGAUUUAUAAGAUCUAUUCAGACUUCGCCCUCAAGAACCCCUUCUACUCUUUGGAGAUGCCUAUCAGGUAACUUUCCCAUUUUAAAUAUCUGCCCUCUGUCACAUGAGUCUAUCAGUUAUCCAAUUCAUUGAUGAGCAAUCAUGGCAAGAUAUAUUUUUCCUUCUUUUGUUGCAGGUGUGAACUCUUUGAUCAGAAUUUGAAGGGUGCAUUGGAGAUAGCAGAUAAAGCUGGUAACUUUGGACCUGUAUCUUGAGCAGGAACAAAGAUUAAUUGCUCCUUUUUGUUGUUGAACCAAUCCAUUGAAUUGUGUUUGUUGUGACUGGGAAGCUACAGUACAUUGCAUAUGGGUCAACAUGUCUCCAAGCAGUGCUGAUAUUUCAGAACUAAUGUUGAUUAACUUGUAUAUGAGAAGGAUAUGUUAUACUGGGAUACAAUGUAAAUACUUUUUUAUUUUUUCCAUACUUUAAGAAUAAACACCACUGUAAUGUUAUCAUCUCCUCUACUCACGUUUCAAUGCAAUCCUUUAGAAGUAAAAUCAACCACAACAUAAGGUAUUUUAUUCAAGUCUUUUAUCAAAUCAAACAGAUUGCACCCAUUUUAAGGAGAUAUGUCAAGUGCCAUUUUCAAAAGUGAACAGUACAUUAAAGUGCCUUGGUUUCAAAUGAUCAGAUUAUGCUCAAAUUGAAAUCAUAUUGACACACAUUUUCAAUAUUUAAAUCUAGGGUGUACUUUAUGCCAUGAGCAUUGAAAAGAGUUUCAAGUAACACAACAUAGUUGAUGUACUUGCACCUGAAUACAUCUUCAGUGAAAAU